AUGAACCGUGCGGCUGCUUCUCCCGCCUCCACCAACACUACCUCCACCACCACCACCACCACCACUACCAACAACAACACUGAAACGGUGGCUCCACUCACCGCUCCCGUAUCGGUCGUGGUGACUUACCAAAUUCCGGUGGCUUCCAACGAUUCCUCCUCCCAUCGACUGGAUCCAGCCGCUACCCACGUACCGAACGACCGCUACUCCUCCACGUUUCGAUUCGACGACACCAGUGUCGAUGAUACCCACGACACGCGGUUAGGCUUGCCCUUGGGGACGGUUCCCAUCAAACCACCGGCAGGAUCCUACGCCUACAGUGGCAUGCACGAUCAAGGACCGCUACCGGAACCCCGACAAGGGGGCAGCCUCGCCGUUUUGAUUGCCGGUGUCCAGCAGGCGAAAGCCAACAAUGACGCAUUCUUGACCCGCGUCAUACGGGAAGAACAGCAAUCGUCCCAAAAUCCCACAAUCAAGAAACCGCGGACCGACAGCUGA